GUCCCCAGCUUCGAGCCGACGCCGACGCCGUGGCCAUCGCCCUCUAGCAGACGGUUGCCGCCGUCGAGAUCCAAGGUUGUUGUGUGAAGUGCCACAUUUCCACAUGGAUUCAGCAGCGCCGGAUUUCCAACCCCGGACAUUCUCCAUCAAGCUGUGGCCACCGAGUGACAGCACUCGUCUGAUGCUUGUGGAGAGGAUGACCAAGAAUCUGUCUACCGAGUCAAUCUUUUCUCGCAAGUAUGGCCUUCUGGGCAAAGAGGAGGCUCACGAGAAUGCUAAAAGGAUCGAAGACAUGUGCUUUGCUUCUGCAGACGAGCAUUUCAAGACGGAGCCGGAUGGUGAUGGCAGUUCUGCUGUCCAGCUAUAUGCGAAAGAAACUAGCAAGCUGAUGCUGGAGGUCCUGAAGAAGGGCCCAAAGACAGCCGCAGAACCAGAAGCACCUGCCAUUGAUACACCGGUUGAGGUUGCUGAUACUGUGUUCGAUAUAUCUGGUGGCAAGCGUGCUUUCAUUGAGGCAGAAGAAGCGAAGGAACUUCUGAGUCCGUUGACCAAGCCAGGAAACUCGUAUAAGAGGAUUUGUUUCAGCAACAGGAGCUUUGGCAUUGGUGCUGCCAAUGUUGCUGGGCCAAUUCUUGAAUCAAUCAAGACACAGCUCACGGAGGUAGACCUCUCAGAUUUUGUAGCUGGAAGGCCCGAGGAUGAAGCCCUUGAUGUGAUGCGCAUAUUCUCCAAAGCUCUAGCAGGGUCUGUACUGAGAUACCUGAACAUCUCUGACAAUGCUUUAGGCGAGAAGGGUGUCAGGGCAUUCACGGAGCUGCUGAAAUCACAGGGUGACCUUGAAGAACUGUAUGUGAUGAAUGAUGGUAUAUCAGAGGAAGCUGCAAAAGCUCUGUCUGAGCUUAUUCCUUCGACUGAGAAGCUUAAGGUUCUCCACUUCCACAACAAUAUGACUGGCGAUGAAGGUGCUAUGUCAAUUGCUGAGAUGGUUAAGCGUUCUCCAAACCUAGAGAGUUUCAGAUGCUCAGCAACAAGGAUAGGGUCUGAUGGUGGAGUGGCAUUGGCUGAGGCAUUAGGGACAUGUACCGGUCUGAAGAAGCUUGACAUCAGGGACAACUUAUUUGGUGUUGAGGCAGGUGUUGCUCUUAGCAAAACGCUUCCAAAGCUUCAUGAUCUCGUUGAGCUGUACCUCAGUGACCUCAAUCUCGAGAACGAGGGUACACUAGCGAUUACCGAUGUCCUCAAACAGUCAGCGCCUCAGCUGGAGAUCCUUGAAAUGGCUGGAAAUGAGAUAACUGCUGAAGCGGCCAAAGGAUUAGCAGAAUGCUUAGUAGCAAUGCAGUCGCUCAAGAAGCUCACCUUGGCUGAAAAUGAACUGAAGGAUUCUGGUGCUGUGAUGAUUGCAAAGAGUCUGCAAGAAGGACACCCAGAUCUGAAGGAGCUGGAUGUGAGCACAAAUAUGUUUCAGAGGUCUGGAGCCAGGUGCUUUGCUCAAGCAAUCACAAACAAGGCAGGUUUUGUGCUACUGAACAUAAACGCCAACUUCAUCCCUGAUGAAGGCAUUGAUGAGGUGAAGGAGAUUCUGAAGGGAGGUAAGAACUCGUUGGAUGUGCUUGGCCCGCUGGACGAGAACGAUCCUGAGGGGGACCCUGAAGAUGAUGAUGAAGAAGAGGAUGGGGAGGAUGACGCCGAUGAUGAGGAAAAGGAUGGGGACAACAAUGGUGACAGUGGUCUUGGCUCAAAGAUGCAGGACCUGAAGGUGGAGGAGGAUUAGUCAUGUCUAGGUGGACCUAGCAUGUAUCUUUUGGCUCCAAUUAGCCUCAAAGAUCGCUGGACAAUUUAAAUUCCCACAUAAAGAGAACUCACUGUGGCUCUAUUAUUUUGAACUGAGUCGAGCAGCCACAUGCUGUAGCCUGGCGGUUCAUCUGUACCCCUGAAACUUUCAUGUUUUAGUACCAUCUCGGUUCUCAGGUCAUGGUCGGGCCCGUACUCUUAAAUCUAUGGCAUAUUCGCAUGGCAUGUGUUAGAUGUGAUAUCUUC